UUCUCUAUCAGCCUUAAGCUUAUAGCUUUUGUCAAACAAAUUCAAGUCUUCGAAGCCCUUCACAAUUCUUUUCCUUGACUUGAAACCAUGGCUAUUUUGCAUGCUGCUAUCCUCACCAAACAAUUUCUUCGCCGCUCAGUUACAUUUGCUUAUAAAGAAGCUUCGAUAUCCAUAGAUGUACCAAAAGGCUUUCUUGCUGUCUAUGUUGGAGAGAGCCAAAAGAAGAGAUUUUUGGUUCCAGUCUCAUAUUUAAGGCGACCUUCAUUUCAGGCUUUGCUUAGUAAAGCCGACGAGUUUGGUUUUGAUCAUCCAAUGGGCGGAUUGACAUUUCCCUGCAGUGAAGAAACUUUCUUCGAUGUCACUUCUCAAUAGAAAAGAUCUUGAAAGAAGCCAUUCAGAUUUUUCAAAGAAGGAAUGUUUCACAAAAACAGUGCACCAAAAGCCCUUUGGCUGUGGAUAUGAGGAAAACUGAAGAUAACUAUUCAUGAUUUCAUACUCAUACUUCAGAAGCUGCCAUAUCAUGCUGAAGAAAAAACUGAUCCACACGGAUGCCCUGAGCAAUUCCUUGCAGCCAAAUCUUGCAGUCAUUUUACCACUGCAGAAUAUAUGAAGAGGCCAAAAAUGUUCCAUUACUAGAGUAGAGAAAUCUAAUCUGUACAAGCAGU